AAAAAACCUCAUAAUUACAACGACGGCUUCAACACUCUUGCUUGCUUUAAAACCAGCACAUCUUCAACUCAUAUCUUGGAUAUAUUGCCAAGCGCCAUCAUCUGUGAAUGGGACUCAUUUGCCGCAUGAGAAACAACCAUGGCGCGUUUGAACGAGGCAUCUGCGCCUGCUGAUCCUGUAGAGCUUUUACGACGAAAAUAUAUACGACAGAAUAAGGACAUUGCUCGUGUGAACUCGAUCCAAGCAGUACGAAUUCGCAAUCUCGAAACUGAAGUGUCCCGCCUUCUGGCGGAGAACCUAGAUCUUCGUGGACAGAUUAUAACCCAGGAGACACAACCAAACCGCUCACGGAAUUUUAUUAGCCAUGUUGGCGGUGUCAAAUCAGAACUCGAUUCCAAAUUGCGGGACAUUGCAGCUUUGGUCGCAAAGCUGGACCGGCCUGUGAAGGAGCCAAGAAGGUCCUCAGCUGGUACCAAGCUUCCAAAGGCCAAACGGAGGAACUCAGAAGAACGAAUGCAAAUGAUGGAUGCGCUCGCUGAACAGGAAGGGCGACUACCGGCAAUCGUAGAAAACAAACACUAUCCAAGACGGACAUUAGACGCACAGGAAAUUACAGAAAUUCUCUCAGACCCAAUACCCGGUAUCAGUGAUUCGCCUGAUAUCGGACCGCCACCUGUGUCGCAUUUUAUGAAUGAAGAUCCUAUCAAGAUAGACCUUCCUACUCGGUCGAAAACAGAUACCGAAGAAGUGACCGACUUCGGCCCAACAUUACCAGUAAACCUGGAACAGAGGCGCAAGAGAAAGGAUGUGAGCGGGACACCAGAUAAUGACCGCUUAACCAAGAACGACACGGCAUCUGGCGAGAAGAAGGAGUCCGUUCAGCCCAUGAACAGUGGUGCGAAGAGGAAAUUUAACGUCAGUGACGACAUAGAAGACGAAAGAGAAGCAAGACCAGUUUCAAUCGCCCGGGAAGAUUCGAGGCAUACUAGGAGAAUAUCUGUGGAUAAGACACAGCCGUCGAAGGAAUCUACGCCUGCUGAGAAACCUGUUGCUAGAAUCCAAAGAGAGGUUGCACUGGCUCGGGCCAAAACCAGAGACAGGGCUGCACCAAACGCCCAGGCCAGUACUCCGGUAGUUGCCUCAGGACCUCCAAGGAAGGCACUUGGACCAAAAACGUCGAACACGGAUGUCGCAAAUUCUCCCAAGAAACCCUCUAAUCCCCCAGUGGGAGAUGAUUCCUCGCAGCCUGGGAAGAUCAGUGGAAAUAAGGGAAAAGAACGCCCACGCAGUCGGAAUGAACCGCGGAUUGUCAUACCCGCACAGGUCGACCCUGUCGUAGCUAUGCCAUCUAUCGAGGCAAUCCCAGAGCCAGAAACACCUGCGGCUCCCGAAGACUUAUUCUCACCAACUUCCUCCGCACCUUCAACUACUCGCCAGAUAUCUCGGGACACGCCUCCACCACAAGAAAUAGGCCAGGGCGGAGAAGGCCACAGGCCAAGCAGACGCGCUCGAGCUAGCGUGAACUACGCCGAGCCUAAUUUACGUGAUAAAAUGAGGCGGCCGGCGGAGGGGCAGAUCGAUGCUGUCUCAGGAGAAAGCAAAUAUCGUCGUGCUAGCUGUGUCCCAGCUGAAGACGAACCACUGACGGCAGUUAAGAUCAAACCCGAGCCUGGAACAGGUGAUGAUGCUUCUUGGAAGAGCAAACUGCCCACCGCCUCGAGCGCCAGUGUUUACAGCAACAGUCCGCUUUCCGGCAAGGUGGCUGAUGUAGCUCCUAUACAAGAAAUACCGCAGCGCAAGCGCCGAAGCUCGCAACUACACACCAACAGCGGGGAUGAGGAGGCCAAGUCGGGCACUGGGGCGGCCAUAUCGGCAUUAAUGUCCGCGAAUCGAAAGGCUAAGCCAGAGAUGUCGGAUCGGGAUCUGGUGGUAUCGGCAUUCAAGAAGAUGGAGAAAAGGAUGGCCGACCUGGACAUCUACGAGUUCUCUGGGUCGCCCCCACGAGAGUCCCGGACCCGCCGCAAUAAUGAAGAUUCGCAGAAACAAAGGGUUUCGCGGAGUCAGAGCGCGACGGAUAUGCUGGACCUGACGACAGCGGGACGUCAGUCAACGAGGCGAAGACAAUCUACGCUUGGAGUUGGGAUGGGGGAUGUAGCUGCUGCAAAGAUGGAGGAGUAUAAGAACGGGGAGAAGACAUUGCAGCGGCCUACGAGCUUGCAGGCGCCGAAGGAAGGGAAGGGGAUUAAGAGGCUUGAGGCGAGGAGGAGGAGCAUGAUGUUAUAAUGAUUGAUGGGUGCUAUAAACGACGUUUGAUGCGGAGUUUUUGGCGUGGCCCAUAGGGCAGUUUGAGCGAUAUUCAUUUGUUAGGCUUUUGUAAGGGGAGCGGGUUUCAUCGGAAUCUAAGAGGU